UCAAUAAACGGUGUCAAACCUCGUAUAUUCAUCCAAUAUUAAAGAAGCAAUAAGUUAAAAACAAAGUUUUUGUUGCCAAGAAAAAAAAAAUUAUCCAUAGAAUAAGUAAAAGAAGAAAGAAGAACAGUUGGAACCAAUUUUUCUUUUUUGGUGUGUUUGUGUUUCCAUCGAUCAUUGCAAGAAUUUUUUUUUUUGAAAAUUCGAAAUUUAUAAUUCAAAUUAGUUCUACAUUUUUUUCAGUUUAGCAUUUGAUUUUUCCGUUAUUAACAAACCAGUUUUGUUUUCUUUUUUCUUUUUGUGUGUGUGAAUUUUUUUCUCAUUUCAUUUCGAUAUUUCCUUUCGAUCCAGAAUAAAUAUUAAAUAAAUAUAUUAAAAAUGAGUAAAACAAGUUCAGCAAAAAAACGUGCCACACGUACUACAUCGAAUAUUUUUGCAAUGUUCUCACAGAAUCAGAUUGCUGAAUUCAAGGAGGCAUUUCAAUUCAUCGAUCAAGACAAAGAUGGUUUGAUCAGUAAAUCUGAUCUACGACAAACUUUCGAUGCUUUAGGUCGAAUGUAUCCGGAUGAAGAAUUACAAAACAUGUUGAGUGAAGCACCUGGGCCAUUGAAUUUUACAAUGUUUUUAUCCAUUUUUGGUGAACGUAUAGCUGGUGGCGAUAAUCCGGAUGUAAUCAAAGCUGCAUUUAAAACAUUCGAUCCACUUGAAACCGGUAUGGUCGAUGUAGAAGAAUUGAGAAGAAAUCUUGGCCGUUUUGGUGAAAAAUUAACUGAAGAAGAAUUGGAUUUAGCAUUUGCCGAAGCUCGUAUGGAUUCAAAAGGUCGUUUCAAUAUUGAUGCAUAUAUCAAAUUGAUUACCGGUUCCGGUGAUGAUGAACAACAAUGAUAAUCAUCAUCAUCAAAUUUAACCUCAGAAAAAAAAUUGUGUAUGAUGCAAUUUUCUCCUUUCCCCUUCAGUGGCUGUGCCCUUCCUGAAUCGUUUAUUUGCAUAAAUUUUGUUUUUAUUACAAUGUAUUACCGUUUGAUGAAAGAAAAAAUUUGAUUAAAAUUAAAAUCGUUUUUAA